GUAAAAGUGUCCGGUAAUCUUCCCAUAACUACUAGACCAAGACUCUCGAAUCAGACCAUUUCGAAUUCCGAGCUGAGGCCAUCUGCCCGAAAAAAAGCUCGCCAGUGCAUGACCUCACCACUCCUACGAAACAACGUCGACCGAACGAGCACCAGGCCGCGCCGGUAACUCAAUUGGACCCCUCUCCACUCCCCAAAGUCGCCUCGACUCCGAUACCAGUCGACAACCUUUGAGCCCGUGAAAAUGCUGCCCGUUGCCCGCAACGCCCUUGUGCGCGCAUCCCGCCAGUCGGCGACCGCCGCUCUCGGUUACCGCGCCGCCUCUACGCACGCCAUCUCGAACCCGACGCUGGCCAACAUCGAGAAGAGAUGGGAGGUGAUGCCGAUGCAGGAGCAGGCCGAGCUCUGGAUGGCCCUGCGCGACCGGAUGAAGGGGAGCUGGACUGAGCUCACACUCCAGGAAAAGAAGGCCGCCUACUGGAUUGCCUUUGGUCCCCACGGUCCCCGUGCCCUUCCUCCUCCGGGCGAGAACAAGAAGGUCGCUCUCUACACCUUUAUCGGCCUUGGAGUCAGCUUCGUCGUCUUCGCUACCAUGCGGUCGUUCGCCCAGCCGGCACCGAGAUCCAUGACUAAGGAAUGGCAGGAGGCGACAAACGAGUACAUGAAGGAACAAAAAGCGGAUCCGUUGACCGGUAUCGCUUCAGAAGGCUAUUCUGGCAAGGGCUUCGUGCAGUCCCGCUCUGGCAACCCAUAAAUCCGAUACGAUUCCUUUGUCAUUAGAUGCAACUUCAGACACCAGGGACCGCUCGUAUAGUGCGAGUCAGGAGAGGAGUCUCGGAGGCGACAGUGGAAUAGGGCUUUCAGGGGCUGAUGUUGGAUGGUGUAAAUACUGUACAACGCUGACAAUGCGACUCGUUUCCUUGCCGUUAAAAAACACGAUACC